UUGUUGUCUCGCACAUCUACUCAAUCAUGCCACAGGUAUCGCGUGUUGGAGUUUUGUGGAAAAAAGGAGGAAACACUUUUUUUGACGAAAAAAAAUUCUAGAGAAUUGUGUACGAAGGUUGAGAGAUAAUUUCGCCGUGCUCGAAUUUUUCUCGAGAAGAGAAAAAAAGGGUUGAAACUUUUGUGGUCUCUGUGGUCAACAUUUUGGUUUGGUUGAGUGCACCGACGUUAAUCGCAUUAAAGCUUUUUGUAAAAUUGGAUCUGGCCGUAAUAAUUAGCACCAACUCUUCUCCUUUUGUGCUGGCUCCUUAUUUUUCUCAAAACGCGUGUGAACAAUCUGAAGUGUCAUUGUUUUUAUUGAAUUGGUCUCGUUCGUUCUGGGAAGUCAGCUCCAAAUUUCGAUCAGGGUUGUUGAUUUUUCUUUUUGUCAAAGUUUCGAUCUUGAUCGAAUUGAAGAGCUAUAUAAUCGUUCUACUAUUAUUGCAUUGGGGCAAUUUUGAUCUGAAAGCAUUGGUCUUUGUGGAGUAUCUGAUGAAAUGAGAAGCAAGGAAUGGGUUAUCAGAAUCGGGGUGGUUUAGUUUUAUGGUUGAUUCUCAUCUCUGGGUUCUUGGUGGUAACAACCUUGGAAGAGAAUAUAGAAAAAGAUGAGGCUUUUCUUACUCAAUUCGUGGCUCCAUCAACAGGGAUGGUCAAUGAACAAAUGGUAGAAUCGUCAUGGACGCGGAGUUGUUGGCAAGAUUCAGAUUGUGUGAAGGAAGCUGUUGCAGUAUUCAAUUUAUGUUUACCAGCAUCAAGGGAGCUAUUUGGUUUCCAGCAUUCACAUACUCUUCUUGGUUGUAUCCAAGAACAAGCAAAGUUGAAUGGUCUUAACCUCAAGUAUCGCAAGCUCUUACCAUAUGUGUUUCAUACUCCAAGGAGAAAUCUAGCUUCUAGACCUGUCUCCCUCUCCCCUUCCCCUUCCCCUUCCCCUCCUCCUAAGCGUAGUCGAGGCCCACCUACCCGAUCAAGAUCCCCAUCUCCUAGUAAUUCAUUUUUUCCACCAACAAGAUCUCCACCUCCUCUUCCUCCUGCUAAGAAAACAGCUUCAUCUGCCAAAAGAAAAGAGGAACAUGAGAAAACAAUCAUCAUCGCGGUUGUUUCCACUGCUGUUUCAACGUUUCUGCUUGCUGCAUUGCUCUUCUUAUGCUGCACCAGAGUUUGCGGAAAGGGUGCAGGAGGCCGGAAAAAUGAUGAACGGCCUCUUCUCAGUUUAAGCAGUAGCGAACACUCUGUUGGUUCCUCCAUCAACUAUGGUGGUUCUAUCAAAGGAGGUAAUCAGUCCUUUAACAUUUACUCAAACCAAGAAAAGAUGUCUUCUUUCGAUGGAAGCAACUCCGACACUUCUGAUUCCUUAGAAGAAAGGCUAUCACACGAAGGAAUGCGUAAUAAUAAUAUUAACGGCAGUCACGGGCUUCCUCCUUUGAAGCCUCCACCUGGAAGAACAUCUUCCGCACAUUUAGGGAAGCCUCCUUCUGGAAAAGUUGAGCCUCUUCCACAUGAACCACCCAAGUUUCUUAAGGUAUCCUCAAACAAGGGUUCUCAUCAUCCUCAAACGCCAGUUCCACCACCGCCCAUGCCAUCUUCUGCUGGUCCUCCACGACCACCACCUCCAGCUCCUCCGCCUGGUUCUGGUGGCCCUAAGCCACCUCCUCCUCCUGGACCAAAAGGACCACCUCCUCCUCCUGGACAAAAAGGACCACGUCCACCCCCACCGAUGAGUCUUGGUCCAAAAGCUCCUCGACCGUCUUCUGGACCUGCAAAAUCACCAUCAGAUGAUGAUGGUGCUCCCAAAACAAAGCUGAAGCCGUUUUUCUGGGAUAAAGUGCAAGCAAAUCCAGAACAUUCGAUGGUUUGGAACGACAUAAGAUCAGGGUCCUUCCAGUUCAAUGAAGAGAUGAUAGAGUCGUUAUUUGGAUAUGCAGCUGCAGACAAGAUCAAAAGCGACAAGAAGGGAGCCUCUGCGCCACAGUUUGUUCAGAUUCUUGAACCAAAGAAAGGACAAAACCUAUCGAUUCUCUUGCGUGCUUUGAAUGCAACUACUGAAGAAGUGUGUGAUGCACUUCGUGAAGGAAAUGAGCUUCCUGUAGAAUUCAUUCAGACUCUGUUAAAGAUGGCGCCAACACCGGAAGAAGAGCUAAAGCUUAGAUUAUACUGUGGUGAAAUAGCUCAGCUGGGAACAGCUGAACGAUUCCUGAAAGCAGUAGUUGAUAUCCCUUUCGCUUUCAAGCGUCUUGAGGCACUUCUAUUCAUGUGUACACUCUAUGAAGAAAUUGCCUUUGUUAAAGAGUCGUUUCAGACAUUGGAGGUUGCUUGUCAAGAACUUAGGGGAAGUAGGCUGUUCCUGAAGCUCCUAGAGGCGGUUCUUAAGACCGGAAAUCGAAUGAACGAUGGUACAUUUAGAGGUGGCGCUCAAGCUUUUAAGCUUGACACUCUUUUGAAACUAGCAGAUGUGAAGGGAACCGAUGGGAAAACAACGCUACUCCAAUUCGUUAUUCAAGAGAUAAUCAGAACCGAAGGGAGGAGAGCUGCACGUACCAUCAGAGAGAGCCAAAGCUUCUCCAGUGUCAAAACAGAAGAUCUAAUGGCAGAGGAAGCCUCUGAAGAGAUGGAAGAUAGUUACCGCAAUCUUGGACUUCAGAAAGUCUCAGGCUUGAGCAGUGAGCUUGAACAUGUGAAGAAAUCAGCAAACAUCGACGCUGAUGGUUUGACAGGGACAGUUCUUAAAAUGGGCCACGCCUUGUCGAAGGCUCGAGACUUUGUCAACUCAGAGAUGAAGAGUUCAGGUGAGGUAAGUGGGUUUCGUGAAGCGCUUGAGGAUUUCAUUCAAAAUGCGGAAGGAAGCAUUGAGUCGAUUCUAAUGGAAGAGAAGAGGAUAAUGGCUCUGGUGAAGAGCACAGGGGACUACUUCCAUGGGAAAGCAGGGAAAGAUGAAGGGUUGCGUUUGUUUGUGAUUGUACGCGAUUUCUUGAUAAUCUUGGAUAAGAUCUGCAAAGAAGUCAAAGGAAGACCGGUAAAGAUGGCGAGAAAACAGGGCUCAACAGCUUCAGCUUCAGCUUCUUCUGAAACUCCGAGACAAGCACCAUCGUUAGAUCCUAAACAGAAGCUGUUUCCUGCUAUUACAGAGCGACGCAUGGAUCAGUCUAGUUCAGAUUCAGACUAAACAAAAAAAAAAA